UCAGGACAUUGGGGAAUGUCAUCUAUCAAAGGCUUGCCCAUCAUCUUUCGCUACGUUAAGAAAGAUGUUGGAGGCAAGAUCGCCGUAGCAAGACGGAUUUCGGUAUUUAAGGCUUCGACCUUUACCUCAUCGAACUCUCGACUGAAACCCAUCAUGGAUUCAAAUUCAAGCCCUUGCUUCGGAGGAUCCGAGAGGCUUUCGGCCUUGGCUCAGCAGCUCCGCCUGUACAAACCGCCGCCGACGUCCGGCGACGCCGACGAUGCAGAAGACGAGCAAAAAUUGGAGGAGAGUGCAGGGAAGGUGGUUUCUCAGGUGGGUUUCCCGGAAUCUGCAACACCAAUUGCGGCCCAGCCCCAAAGAUUCAGACCCAAGAGAGCCGCCGUUCUGAUAUGCCUUUUUGAAGGGGAUGACGGCGAACUUCGUGUCAUUCUCACGAAGCGCUCUUCCGGCCUCUCUACUCACUCAGGUGAAGUUGCACUGCCAGGAGGUAAAGCAGAGGAGGGAGAUGCAGAUGAUGCAGACACAGCAACUAGGGAAGCAAAGGAGGAGAUAGGAUUGGACCCUUCUCUCUUGAAUGUCGUGACUGUCCUUGAACCAUUCUUGUCUAAGCAUCUCCUCAGAGUGAUUCCCGUUGUUGGCAUAUUAUCCAACAGAAAAGCGUUUACUCCUACUCCAAAUGCUGACGAAGUGGAAGCAGUAUUUGACGCACCCUUGGAAAUGUUUCUAAAGCAAGAAAACCGGACAUCAGAGGAGCGCGAGUGGAUGGGCGAUAAGUAUCUGGUUCAUCGGUUUAACUAUGAGAAAGAUGGUAAGAAGUUUCUGAUAUGGGGCUUAACUGCUGGGAUUUUGAUUAGGGCUGCUUCAGUUAUUUACCAAAGACCGCCUGCUUUUCUCGAGCAAAACCCUAAAUUCAAGGUCCCCAGACUUCUGAACAAGGACACUGUAAUGCCUUAAAAUUAACUAUAAUUUGUUAGUCCCUCUGUGUGUUGAUAAAUGAACAUGUUUGCUUCAGGUGACUUGGGCUUUCGAGGCUCUUUCCAUAACUCGAAUCUGCAAUGUUGUAAACAAAAGAACAACUAUCAAGGCUUGCCCUCACUGACACUUACAAGAAUAAAUUUUGAAGCAUUAAUUGUAGACAA